AUGAUGUCCAAGACCGCAGUGGCCGCUCUUCUCGGCCUUUUUGGCACGGCUUUUGCUCAGACGUACACGAACUGCAAUCCCACCGAGAAGACUUGCCCUCCUGACAAGGGCCUGUCCAGCCGCACAUACUCGGUCGACUUCACCAAGGGUGCGAGCUCUGACUGGAACGCAACCUCGUGCUCGGACCGCAUCGCCUACUCUUCCGCCGGCGCCGCCUUCACCGUCAAGGAACAUGGCGACAGCCCGACCAUCGAGUCCAAGUUUUACAUCUUCUUCGGCUCCAUCUCCGUGAUCAUGAAGGCGGCCCCCGGCACCGGCAUCGUCAGCAGUGCCGUCCUCGAGUCGGACGACCUCGACGAGGUCGACUGGGAGUGGAUCGGCGGCAGCGCGAACGAGGUGCAGACCAACUACUUCGGCAAGGGCAACACCACGGUCUACAACCGCGGCAAGACCAUCCCCCUCGACUCGAGCACCCAGGCCACCGCCCGCAACUACACCAUCGACUGGACCCCCAAGGCCAUCACCUGGUACGUCGACGGCUCGGCCGUGCGGACCCUUGCCUACGCCGACGCCCUCGGGGGCCAAAACUACCCGCAGACGCCCAUGACCAUCCGUCUCGGCAUCUGGGCUGGCGGCGACAGCAGCGAGCCCAAGGGCACGAUCGAGUGGGCCGGUGGCGUGACCGACUACGGCGCGGGCCCCUUCACCAUGUACGUCGAGAGGGUUGACAUCACCAACUACAACCCCGGCUCGAGCUACACGUACAGCGGCACCAGCGGUGACUGGACCAGCAUCAAGAUUGACGGCAGCGCGUCCGACUCGUCCAGCUCUUCGUCAUCUGCGUCUGUCAGCGCAACGAGCACGACAAGCACUCAAGCCACCAAGUCUUCCAGCAUGAACAACAAGGAUCUCAGCACGCCCAAGGUGGGUGUCUCCACUGGCUCAACGAGUGGCACAAGCGGAAACAGCUCAUCGACGGAUUCGUCUGCGACAUCGUCUACAAAGGGAUCAUCGCCCUCCACGACAAUCCACGUUACCAACGCUGCGCCCGUUUCGAUGAGCCCCAUCAAUGCCGGUUUGUGGGUGAUCGGUGUCCUGCUUGCUUCUAUGUCAUACCUGUAG